AUGCUUCUGUCUUUCCCCUGUAUCAUCUUCGCAGGACUUCUCGUCAUUCUGAUCAGACGUCUUCUUAGAGUCAAGAGUUUUUCAAGUUUACCCCUUCCCCCGGGCCCUCGUUCGCUACCCAUACUUGGAAAUGUGACUGUAAUGCCAUCGUCUCAUGAAUGGUUGACAUAUGACAAAUGGGCAAAGAUUUAUGGUUACUUAGGCGAUAUCAUACACUUGAGUGUCUUUGGCCAGUCACUCAUCAUACUGAGCUCGUUAGAAACCGCACGAAAUCUUCUUGACCGCCAAAGUUCAAUCUCAUCAGACAGACCGCGAUUUGUAAUGAUAUCAGACUUGAUGGGAUGGGAUUGGGCAGUGCAGUUCAUGAGCACAGGUCCUCGUUUUCGCAAUUAUCGGCGGACGGUCCAACAAUGUCUACAAUCCCAGUCCUUUAGCGCGUAUCUUCCCACAGUAGAGAAAGGAUCAAGGAGACUCUUGAAGAGCCUUCUUGACGACCCAUCCAACUUUCAGGCUCAUAUAAAGCACCAUAGUGGUGGAAUGAUGAUGUCCAUCCUUUACGGCGAACAAGAAGGCGCUCUCCGUGAUCAAUAUGUAUCGAAAGCUGACGCUGCAAUCGACGGUCUUGUCGAGGCCGGUAAUGUCGGAAAAUUUUAUGUCGACUUUUUGCCUCUCCUACGUUACGUCCCACCAUGGGUCCCUGGCGCAGGGUUUCAAACGCAGGCUAGUCUAUGGCGUCAACAGGCAAGAGAUAUGAUUGAGAUUCCUUUCAAGAACACGAAGGAGUGUUAUGAAAGUGGCACCGUCGCACCUUCGGUGACAAAGACGCUCAUUGAACAGCAGCUCCUUACGGCGGCACGCAUUACAGACCCAGAAUUGAUAAUGGGAGCAGCUGGUGUUUUGAUGGUUCUCUACCCAGAUGCUCAAAAGCGAGCUCAGGCAGAAAUUGACGCCGUAGUCGGUCGAGACAGACUUCCUGAGUUUUCUGAUCGCGCGUUCCUUCCCUUCUUCGAAUGCAUAUUGUCGGAAGUCCUACGAUGGAAUCCGGCUGUUCCCCUUGGGGUACCACAUCGCGUUUCAGAAGACACCGAACUCAACGGUUAUCAUAUUCCUGCGGGGGCCACAGUUCUCGUUAAUCAAUGGGCUAUACUUCAUGAUGAAACACGGUAUCCCGAGCCCCUUAAGUUCUGUCCCGAGCGCUUCAUGCCCCCUCCAGAUGAGCCCAUGCCUCUGAACCCUCGUGACGCUUCCUUUGGUUUCGGUCGAAGGAUAUGUCCAGGAAGAUAUUUUGCCGAUAGCCUUCUAUGGAUGAUUAUGGUUCGUAUUGUUGCAGCCUUCGAAUUGGAUAAACAACGGGACGCCAAUGGCGAGAUAGUAGAGGUAAAGGGAGAGUAUCUUUCGGGUCUGGUCACACGACCGGCACCAUUCCCUUGUCGGAUAACACCUCGAUUGAAGCAGUUGGUGGAAGAGCUUGAAGCUUUUCACUAAUGAAACCUCUGACUGGCACGUCUUUCCUUUGCGUCGGGAUGUAACAUUGGGUCAAAGGCCUUUGGUAGUCACGGAAUCUUAGGUCGUCAGUGUCUUGCAUCCAUGUCAACUAGACUUGUGUUUGUAUAACCUUAUAUUCUAUCUG